AUGCUCAGCAGCAACAGUCUAAGCAGCAUCCUUGGCUGGAUAUCCAUCGCAUGCUGGAUCGUUGUCUAUUCACCACAAGUCUAUGAAAACUACGUGCUUCAGUCGGGCGAAGGCCUGAGCGUUCUUUUCGUCGUCAUAUGGCUCCUGGGAGACUUGACGAACCUCACUGGGGCAAUCUUAGGCGGUCUACUGCCAACUGUUAUUCUUCUGGGCGCAUAUUACACAACAUGCGACCUCAUUUUACUAUUCCAAAUUUACUACUACCGCUGGAGAAAUCAUCGCAUCGAGGCUAUCCACCCUGAUAGAGAGGGUGGCGGAGAGCGAGCCCCACUUCUGAACAACGAAACACCUCGGGAGGAGACCGUGCCAGCGAAGGUGCUGGUUUUACGAUAUGCUUGCGCACUGGCGUUCGUCAUCUUCGUGGGCACCACAGCCUGGUGGAUCACCGAAGCCGACGAAGGGGAAGAUACCAAUCUCGUCGAUGACUUGGAAAAAGGCAAGAAAUGGUGGUUUAUCCAGUUUCUAGGAUGGUCAAGCGCCUUCCUUUUCCUCGGUGCACGCGUCCCUCAGAUAUUGAAAAUUUUCAAGACACGCUGCGAGGGUCUAUCCCCUGCGCUCUUCUUUUUUAGCAUCUGUGGCAACACAACAUAUGCUUUGUCAAUCUGCGCGAAGAGCAUGGACAAGGACUACUUGAUUAAAAACGGAGGCUGGCUUGCAGGAAGUGCUUGUACUGUCUUCCUUGAUAUCUUCGUGUUGUGUCAAUUCUCUUAUUACCGGUACGCAGACGAGGUGCACGCGCGCGCGGGUGGCGGGUGA